AUGAAUAUUCAUUCUUCUCAAGGUGCUGAAUUACUGACCAAUUUUGUAACAGAAGAAGUUGUUAGAAAAACAGCUGGAGCGCUAGGAGAUUCUGCAGUAGAACUAUAUAGAGCGAAGUAUGUGAAGAAGACUUUUACAUCGUAAAGACUUUCAUCGAUUUCUUCCCUUCCUCUCAUUUUCCCCUCCUGAUCCUUUCUUAUUCAUUCGAAGAUAUAUUGUGCUAUGCAACACUCACUAAAUAUGAAAAGAAUACGUACCUGAAAUCAAUAUUCCUCAUAGUUGCUUACGCAUAUACUAAUGCUUCCUUUUUUUUAUUGAUGUCCUACGCCAAAACCUCGAUGUAUUGUAAAAAAAAUAUGUUCACAUUUUGCUUACUUAUUUGUUAUACUUAAUCAAAAUAUUUGAUUUUCUUAUUGUCAUUUCAUUAUUUAUUAACAUCACUUCUAUAUUUUUUUAUAUAUUUUUGAAUACUUUCGAAUACUUAAAGAUGCUGUAUUUUGUCUCCUUUUUAUUUUAAAUUCGUGCUUUAUGAGAAAUAAAUUGAAUUUCAAUUUACAGUUUUUAAUUAGCCAAAUAAUCUUAAGAUCGCAAUACUUGUCAUAAUGGAUUUUCCAUCUCAUAUUGCACACUCAUCCCUACAAUGCUCAUUUCUUUAUAUAGAGCAAAAGACCAAUGAUGAAUUUCUUUCUUUGAAUGACAAAGACACGAAAUGCUUAGAUGCGACUGUUCUAUCUGGCCGAGAAGUUUUUUAUUACGAUAAUAACCGUGCAUAGAGAGAGAGCAUCCACUCUCCAUUGAUUCUCGAAUCUUGGUUUUCUGCUCAACAUCGAGUUCUAGUAGCCAGUGGCGGAUUUAAGGAGGUGGUGGCGGGACGAUCGUCCCGCUUCGAGAAAGUUUUUUCGUUUUUUUUUUACAGCAGAAAUGAUCGAAAGACGAGUUCAUACUACCUCGAAUUAUCUUAAGAGAGCGAUUUUUGUCUAUGAUCGCACGCUCCCUUCUAAAAUCCUAGAUUCACUACUGCAGAGGAACUUCUUGAAAUAGUCUAUAACUUAAAAAAUCUGUUAAUUGUCCUAAAGAAAUUUUUUUUCUUUUGACAAAACUGGAUUAACAGAUUGUAAAUUAAAGUUGGUGUUGUCUAAAAUACUUUUUGCUUCGACUUCGAUCGGAUAAUGAGCAACAAUUGCAUAGACAAGAAUCUGGAAAGAACGGUGUAGUGAUAAAACACUUCCCAAAACGGUAUUCGGAUCAUUAUCUAUCGGAUUAUCUAUCGGAUUAUCGGAUCAUCAACUCGAUGUCAGAAUAAGUAAAUAAACCUUCCACUUUUCUUCUUCAUUUUUUCAUCAUUCUUUCAUUGAAGACAAUGAUCAAGGUCACAAGGAUAACCGCGUCAAUUGUUGAUCGAACAUCUAAAAACUCAUGCCAUCAGACGAUCUCCAAACAAAUUUACUGAUACAGCAGAAUCUAAUAUGAUUCCAAGUUUGUGUUGUGCUAGUUUCUUAUGCUAAUAUUGUCAUUUUAAAGUUUUAUUCAUUGAAUGAUGGCGAAGAUAUUGAUGCGAGAAUGUAUUAGAUUUUAGUGAUUUAAAUCAAACGUUUUCUCUGUUUGGUUUAAUCGAAGUCACCGCUUUUAGUCAUGAAAUAAAAAGUGCAGAAUUUGGAAUCUAUAAUUCAUAAAAGUUACACGAUUUAUUCACAUUUCUCCUUCCAUUUAUCGUUAUAUUUGGCUUUCACAAAGCAUUGUGCAGCAGUUUUAUCACACAUACAAGCUUUGUAUUUCUUCGAAUCUCGUUUAUUUGUACACAUCCAAUUUUUGUCGAUCCAAUACAGAAUAUCAGCAUAACGUUUAUCAUGAGCUUGGCAACAACAAUCGACAGGUGGUUUAUCUGUAUUUCCCAUACCACAUCUGUAGUGAAGGGAACAAUAGGACUUGAAGAAACACUCGGAAACUUAGCUUACCAACAUUCAUAAUUACUGUAAUCCAGCGGAUUUCUGCCAGUAAAUUCAUCGAUGUAUUGAACAAAGCCAAUGAUCAAACUAGACUGUCGAUUUAAAGGUGAACCAGCACAUAAUGAUAGAAAAACAACGAACAGGAUAAGUUUUCACAUCAUGUUAUGUUGUUAGUAUCAACGCAUCGAAUUCUUUUAUUGCUUCUUUUUUCCAAAGAAAUAAAAAAAAAAAGAAAUCUACUUCAUAGUACCAACCGUACACUAACGACACCUACUUCAUUGUGAGGCGGUAUGUAGGUCCGUCACACAGCCAUCUCUCUAUAUGUAUGGAUGUCCGUCACACAGGCAUAUCUGAAUAUGAAUGUACGUCACAGAAACAGCCGUUUCACUGUAUGCUUGUACGUCCGUCACAGGUGCAUACGGACAUACAAACAUUAAAUUUAGUAUGACCAUAGACUUACAGUCAAUGGAAUAAUUUGUUAGCUUUUAAGUAUUAAAACUAAUGAGCACGCGUUCCGAAGUGAUAAAUUGCUGUUGAGCCGAAACUUAGUUUUUCAUAGGUAACCGAGUGUGCUAAAUCCGAAUACUAUAAUGGUUUGGGCUGCUAUGCCUCGAGAAACCAGCCUCUAGAAAGCCACAUCUGAAAACCUAGAACCCAGGGACGCUAAAAACUUUUUAUGAUCUGUCCAGAUGCAAGAGCAUAUCGAAAAGUCUAUAUAAAAGUACUUUUUCAACUUUUCCGAACGCUUUCGGUGGAUUUUUUGCAGGUCAAAACUUCCAACUGUAGAAGAAGCAAAGAACGUUCCUCUUCUGUGCUGGAAGUUUUGACCUGCAAAAAAUCCACCGAAAGCUUUCGGAAAAGUUGUUUUAUAUAGGUUAUCCGAUAUGCUCUUUCAUCUGGACAGAUCAAAAAAAGUUUUUGGCGUACCUGUGAAAACCUAACUUUCGGCUCAAGAGCAAUUUAUCGCUUCGGAACGUUUCCUUGACAGCUGAACUUGUUAAGGUUAAACAAUUUGAGAAUAAAGUUGAAGACAAGCAUGUUAGGAGAUUUAUCAACGCAUCAAAUGUAAAAGUAUGAAGAACAACAUGAAAAAGACGAGUUUGACUAAUUGUAGUGCCAGUAUGUCGUUUGCCUGGUAUGAGUUAUGCAGAUGAAGUUCAUGUCAAAUAGUGAAUUGAUUACGAAGGUUAUGUUGGUGAAACAAACAAUUUUUUCAUUAGAAACUACGGUAAGCGCAUUUAAUGCUAAGCUUGAAAGUCCGAAAGAAUCAUACUGGCACGAUUCAUACAGAAACUGUUAGCUCUCUUAAUCAUAAGAAAGCUAAAGAUGAAAAAGACCUGUAUCUAUUAAAAAUACUAUGCGCAACACAAACGUUUUUGAAAUUAUUACUCCUCCAAAAAUAACCUUGAAGAUAAGUUAAAAGUAGGCUAAAGUCUCCUUGACAAUAAACAGACAUCUGUUAUUUAUGAGUUUUGACUGUUUGCGAACGACAACAAAGAAAACCUCAUCUUUUUACACAAGACACACUCGUUCUAACAAAGUUUUUCUUUUUGAAUCAAUAAUGACACAUGUUAAAUUCUCAUGUUAACUUUUCAUUCUUACUAAAAUAGAAUAAUGGAGUAAAGGAGAAUUCAUGCAUUCUCAUGACACAUCGUUUUCGAUCAGAUAUUCAUAUAUAUGUAGGUAAAAUCACAAACUAUUGUUUUCAGAGUUGUCGUGACUCUCUAAACUUUGUCGAUGUUAAGAAGUUUUUUUAUAGGUGAAUAUUGUUUUACGUUUGAAAGCAGAAAUCGUCAAAUUCGUUCUUCUUUCGAUAAAAUAUUUUUAUUUAACGUUUUUGUAAUACACCUUUAUAGUUCUCUUAUCGGUUAUUUUAACAACUUUUGGAUGAUUUGUGUGUGUGACUCUCUUAGUCUAACUUCGUAAAAGAUGUCUAACCGACAUUAAUACACUGGUUUUUGCAAAAGAGAAACGUUUCAUCAAUAGAUAUAAAACAAUAAAUAUGUUUCUGUUAUUAUCAAAUUAAUAUAAAUAAAUAAAUUGUUUAUUUAAUAGUUAUAUAAUUGAACAAAAAGACUUCGUUGUGUAUAAAUAACUAUCUUAGUUUUCUUUUUCCUAGACAAUGAGAUUUCUAUUAUUGAUGUUAAAUUCUCAUUUUACGUAAGAGAAGUUAGCAGCAGAUUUCUAUGUUCCCGCCUAUUAUUUUUAUUUACAACUGUGCCAGUUUUUCUGUUGGAUGUGCCAGUUAGAACUCGAUGAGCUCUAUCCAAUGACAAAAUUAGUUCUCCAAAAUAUUCUUUCCUUCAGUUUUAAAUGAAAAAGGCUACCAUUUAAGUGGUCGGUAUAAUAAUUGAAAUGAUCAGUAAAAAAAUUGGAAAUAAUCGGUAUAAUAGUUGAAAUGAUCAGUAUUCAAGAAAUGGCGUAAGGAAGUAAAAAAUGCUUUAAAAAAACUGAAGCGCGUUCAUUUUACACGCAUUGCAAAAUCUUUCACAUCACCCGCUACUUUUUGGGCAGCAAUUAAUCGUAUAAGACAGG